AUGAAAACUACGGGUUGUAAUAUCGCUACUAUUUUUGAUGCAAAAUUCCCAGGAAAGCUUGAUGACACUCUAAUAAAUAGGCUGUGCUUAUCAGUAGUAUGUCAGCAUGAAUUUCACACUGAUUUUUGGUCCACACUACCGAUCAGUGAAUGGCAUCUUAUAUCGAAACACGCUUCUCGAUGGGACAUCGAUUGUGAUUACACUACUGAAUUGCAUAUCAUUCUGAAAGCCGCCGUAUCUCUUUCUUUUCGCCAUGGUUUUAUUUUCGGAAAUGAGGAUUUUGGCCCCCACCAGGUCGUGUUGUAUGCUCUCAAUGUAUCCAACAAAAAUGUUGAUAUUACACUCACAGAGGCCUUGGCUAAUUGUUUAAAAAGUCUUCAUUCUCUUACAGACAUUAGUUCUGUAUCUUGGAUCAAGUCUCCGAAGGUCUUAACACUUCUCCAAGGUCUCUCUAGGGAAACAAAUGUCCACGUUCUCAAAAAUACCAUUGUCAUAUGUGCAUUUAUUUUUCUUCAUCUUCUUGUAGAUGGCAAGCUUGAUGCUAGCCCAGAGCCUUUCAAUGAAUGUUUUCAACUGUCAGCUUUUGGUACUGAAGUAUUGUUUUCAAUUGCAGAAUUGAUUAAGAAGUUUAAUGUGGAAUUUGAUACUUUGCAAAUACCGGAUAAAUUUCAAUUCAGCGUGGCUACUUUUAAUUCAUUUCCCUCAGAACUACAAGCUAAGUUGCUCUUCUUGGUUUUCACUCGUAUUGUAAGCUCACCAUCAACCAACAGUGAUUGGGUUUCGUUUUUGAAGUCUUUACGUAACUUUCCUGAGCUGUGUGCCUCAAUAAUCAACUUUUGUUUAAAAUCCAAUAAAGAGCUGUGUCAUGAGAUGUGGAAAUUUGUCAUAGACGAAUGGUGUCUUUCUUUGCAUAAGUGUUUGGAUAACGAUGAAGUUGAUAAUCUACUUCGUAUUAUAAGCCCGGUUUGUCUGCAUACAAAUGCUUCGCUCCAUAUGGAAUCUGGAAAUGACUUACUAAAAAAAAUUCUGUCUGUCGUCAUGAAAAACUCAAAUUCCGUUAACGGAAACAAAGUAGACAAGUACCAUACAAGGUUGUGGGUCUUGUCAAGAAUUCUAGUCCAUUGUUCACCAUCUUCAAUAGUUUCAUUGUCGGAUGUAACUGAUGUAGCAGACUACUUAGUAUCUCAUUGUAGCAAUUCUUUUUCUGAUCCCAUGACUUCUAGUAUAGAUGCCGGGUAUAACUUUUUUGAAGAGGUUUGUCUUCUCUACUGGGGCUCAAAACAGUCAGUCAUUGAUAAACUGAUCUUUAAACUCUUUGGUUCACUUUUGACCAUAGAUAAUCCAAGAAUUUUUUCCAUCUUCUCAUUUCAUUUUAUUCACCUUAUCCAAGAAUUAUCUUAUAAAUACAACUGUUUAGAGGUGUACAGUACAUUUUGGAUUUGCCUUUUUAAACUACUUAACAAAGUAAAUGAUCAGAUACUAAACCAAUCUCUCAUGUUAUUUGAUGUGUUUAAUAAUGAAGGAUUACUGGAUGUAGCUGUUGCAAUUUUAAAAAUUCUUAGUUGCGAAACAUAUAUAUUAUUAUGGACAAGUGAAUGUAAACUGUUAUUUUCUAUGUUUGUUGAUAGUCUCAUGUCGAGACUUGGUGUCGAUAAUUUUAUAAACGAUGCUUCUUUUCGUGGGCUUUCCCUUUCAACCUUUAUUAUCUUCAUCGUCUGUGAGUAUCGUAAUAAUCACACAAGUCCCCAUUCAAAGGAUCACACUCGUUCACCUGAAUGGGCUUGGAGAUCAUAUGAUUAUCUUGUAAAUUUUGACCUAAUGGAAUUGACAGAAUCAAAGUUUGUUUCCAAAACACUGUGGAAUACCGUCAAAUAUCUCGAGAAGGAAUCUGAAAAAUAUUCAAUCGAUCUAUGGAAAAAUAUUCUAUCAUCAAUUACAAUGAAAUGGAAGAAAGAUCUUGGUGAAGAGUACUCGUUAUCUAUACAAGAGUUAUCUCUCCUAAAUUAUUGUCCUAAUUGUAAAGAGAAUAUUAGAGAAUUAUUAGAUGAUAUAAUUAUUUCAAGUACCAGUAAUAUGACCGCUGAUUGUACAGAAGGUUGA